AAAUAGCGGACGUAACACUGUCGCUGAGCUUAGACUCUGGUUGAUGGAGCGGUUGCCUAGUUUUAUAGAUCCUCAUUGCCGCGCGAAGCACAAUUCACGUUAUACCGUUUCUCCUUCCCCGCUGAAACGGCCGCAGCUCUCUUCGACCUCACCCCUCGUUUCCCGUUUAUACCUGAAGCUCCAAGUUUACGAUACGGUCUAUCGGACGGCCGCGCUAUGCCUACUGCGAAAAGCAAAGGCAAGGGUCGUGAGCCUAGAGGCUCCCGAAGCCGCAAUACCACUCCGAGCUCUGCGUUGAGUGCCAGCACCGUCGCGGGGACAACAUUUUCUCUAGGUUACCUCGACAAUGAUGUGUCAAAGCUCGUCGUUCCCGCCACCGUACAAUAUUCCGAUAUACUUGGUGAAGUGGGGGGUACCAACCAGAUACCAGACCCUAGGGCCCUAGAGAUUCUUGUCGAACAGCUCAAGGUACUUAGCCAAGUGGCAGAGGCUAGAGGCGAUGCCUGCAAUGCCGGAAUGCGAGAACUAUCCCAUAAGAGGAAAGAAUUGCUUGAAGAACAGAGAGAUCAAGCUGGCCAUCCCGCAGAAAAACUCAAAAUGAAGAGAGAAGCGGAGGAUGAUGAGGAUGAUGGGCGUGCUUCCAAGGGAGGCAAGCUGAAGAAGCGAAGAGAUAAGGGGAUUUCAAGGGAUGAACGGCCACUCGCCGUGGGGGCUCACGCCACGGCGAGACAGGACGCCUUUGACUUGAGACCUGAUGGAUCUCAAAAACGCAGCGGUAAAGACGCGGCAGGUUCUUCUUCUUCUCCAAACAAGAAGUCAAAGAAUUUGCCUUCAUCUACUUCCUCUCUUUCACCACCAUCGAUCACUUCUCCCAGGGCCGGCGAUCGGACCUCAAGGCCUGGGUCCCCAGAGUCAAUGGAGAGCGGUGACUCCUACCAACCGGCUCCGGCUCCGGCUAUUCCUCAAUAUCAGGUCUUCGGUCCCGAUCCGUUAAGAUUUGACGACCCCACGACUUACCAUAUCCGAGAAGUCAACCCGGCAAUGACUGAUGAGGAGAAAAAAGAGAUUUAUUGUGUUGCAGGGUUUCCCCAGAGCGACCUGAGCCAUAUGAUGGCCGGAACAAUACCCGAUAAGGAUUUCAGCAAUGCCAAACCCACGAGUCAAGUUAAUGCAAAUACAUUUGCAACGUACAUCGAGCCUUACGUUCGUCCAUUGACAGAGGAAGAUAUAGCGUUCCUUAAAGAGAAAGGUGAUCGCGUUACUCCUUUCCUCAUUCCUCGCCGUGGCAAGAAGCACUAUAGCGAUAUCUGGGCUGAAGAAGAUGGCUCGAUCAAUGUCGACUCUUCCCAACAGGAGCGAGAAAAGUUGCCUUUAAAUCAAGGUCGAGGCAAUGUCGAACAGAUUUCCGAUGAUACUGCGGAGACAGACCAAGUCUCCGCUCCGCCGUUGCUUAGCCGUCUCUACUCGCUUCUCCGUUUUGAGCAUCGAACUCUUCCUGAAGAGACUGCUGCCGCUCAGUCAACUAGCCACGAAGAAUCGGCGUCGCACGCGAAUUUUAAUGGCGAUACGGCGAUGGAAGUUGAUCAGGUGAACGGAGAACCCGAAUCAAAGCCUCUAAACUCGGCAACAGCCUUUCCGGACGCGUCCCCGAACGGAUUCAAAGUACCUGCGGCCAAGCUCGACCAUUCACAGCUUGACGAGCGUCUGAAAGCCGAACUCCGUUAUAUCGGUUUUAUCGGUCCAGAGGAGAACCCAGACUAUGACGCUCAUUACGAUGAUGAUGUUGCUGAGCGUCUCCGAUUCCUUCAGAGCGAACUCAAAAAGCAAAUGAUCAUCAAUGGGGCAAGAAAGACCCGCCUGCUCGAAAUAGCUCGCGAACGCCUAGCCUAUCAGGAAUACACUACCAUUCAUGACGAUCUCGACUCACAGGUGCAGCAAGCGUAUCUAAAGCGUACACGUACCCUCGGUAAAAGUAAAAAGGGAUCGCAGGCUAAGCAUCGUCCUGGCGGAGCGGGUGGAGGAAGCCAUCCCGUCAAUGCGCCUGGAGUUGGGAGGCCCGGAAUAGGCGAUUUGGCCCGUACGCUUAUGGAUAGACGGAAGCGGUGGGCAGACUGCAUUGGACCGGUAUUUAAGGAUUGUAAGACUACUGUUCCUGGAAAAGACGGGUCGAUUUGGGAUCCGAUGGUUAUGGCGGAAUUUGAGAAAGCAGAGCUUGAAGGAUGGGACGAGGAGCAAGAGUAAAAUGGUUCGAUUUUGAACGAUUACGUGCCUAGCGCGGAAAUUAUUUCACUUUUCUCCCU